AUGGAUUGGUCAUCUCUCACCUGUUCCGCCGCCGUCCUAAUCAUUCUGCUCCUGCCGUUGGGUGCGUCUGAUGACCGGCUUGUCCCCAGCAAGCCGCUCUCCCCUGGCAUAACCGUCGUCUCGGAUGGCGGUGACUUCGCCUUGGGCUUCUUCUUCUCAUCCGGCUCGACGCCGUCCAACCUGUACCUUGGCAUCUGGUACAGCAGCAUCCCCGAGCUCACUGUGGUGUGGGUUGCCAACCGGGGAACCCCAGUCACAAAUGGUACCUCCUCUGCACCGAUUCUCACCCUCACCAAUGCCUCCAAUCUUGUUCUCUCUGACAGUGAUGGUGGUCAAGUUGUUUGGAUGACCAAUGUGGGCGCUGCCUCGAGCUCCUCUUCGACAGAGGCGGUGCUUCUGAACACCGGUAACCUCAUCAUUCGGUCACCCAACGGCACCAUGUUGUGGCAGAGUUUCGACCACCCAACCGACACGUUCCUGCCCGGCAUGAAGAUGCGAAUCAGGUAUAGGACACGCGCCGGUGAGCGCCUGGUGUCCUGGAAAGACGCUGGAGACCCCUCGCCUGGGAGCUUCUCCUACGGGUGCGAUCCGGCCACGUCCAUCCAGAUGUUCCUUUGGGACGGGUCGCGCCCGGUGUACCGCAGCACCCCGUGGACCGGGUUCCGGGUGAAGAGCGAAGACGAGUACCUGUUGACAAAAACCAGUGCUAUCAUCAUAAACCUGGCUUUCGUCAACAACGAUGAGGAGAGCUACACGAUGUUUACCGUCUCUGAUGGUGCCUGGCACACCAGGUUCGUGCUGACCUACUCCGGCAAGCUCCAGUUCCAAAGCUGGAACAGUAGUUCUUCCACGUGGGUAGUUUUUGGGCAGUGGUCACCCCACGAAUGCAACCGCUACGGCUACUGUGGCCCGAAUGGCUAUUGCGAUGAGACGGUGUUGCCUAUUCCGACGUGCAAGUGCUUUGACGGUUUCAAGCCGACGAGAACGGAGGAGUGGGACAAUGGUGAGUUCUGGAAAGGGUGCCAACGGAAAGAGGCAUUGCGUUGCAGCGAUGGUUUUGUGCCAUUGUCGGGGAUGAAGCCACCGGAUAGGUUCGCGAUCGUCGGAAACACGUCGUUGAGGGAGUGCGCCGCGGCAUGUGGUCGCAACUGCUCCUGCAUGGCGUAUGCAUACGCCAACCUAAGCAGCAGCAUUGAAAACAGAGACCUGACAAGGUGUUUGGUGUGGGUCGGGGAGUUGGUUGACACCGGGAGGCUAGGCGCAAGCACCGCCAGCGACACACUCUAUCUACGGCUUGCAGGCUUAGAUGCAGCAACUGGUAAAAGGACAAGGAGCAAUGCCGUGAAAGUUGUGUUGGCGGUUUUAGGAGGUGCUGCUCUGAUACUCAUAUGCAUUUCCAUUGCAUGGUUGAAAUUCAAAGGCAACGACAGAAACCAGGAAAAACACAAGAAGUUGCCAUCGGAUGGUUCAAGUGAUCUUGAAUUUCCAUUUAUAAGAUUUGAGGAAAUUGCCCUAGCAACACACAACUUCUCCGAAACAUGUAUGAUUGGACAUGGAGGCUUUGGCAAAGUUUAUAAGGGAACAGUAGGUGGUCAAGAAAUUGCUGUCAAAAGGCUAAGUAGGGAUUCUCAACAAGGAGCAAAUGAAUUCAGGAAUGAAGUAAUUCUUAUUGCCAAAUUGCAACACAAAAAUUUGGUUCGACUUCUUGGAUGUUGUGACAAGGGAGAUGAAAAGUUAUUGAUCUAUGAGUAUUUGCCUAAUAAAAGCUUCCCUUUUUGGUAUAUUCUAGCAACACACCAAUUUUCAUGUAACAACUCAACAUAUUUUUCUUACAUUUGCUUUUGUCUUAAGAUGAUUCAAGAAAACAUUUGUUGGAUUGGGGGACACGGUUAA